GGCGCGGCACCGGCGGUUGAGACUGAAGGAGGCCACCUCCCCAAGCAGCCAUGGCCCCCACACUUGCCACGGCCCACCGCCGGCGCUGGUGGAUGGCGUUCACAGCCAUCAUCGAGAACCUGCUCUUCUCUGCUGUCCUGCUGGGCUGGGGGUCCCUCCUCAUCAUGCUGAAGGCAGAAGGGUUUUAUUCCUACCUGUGCUAUGGGCAAGAGGACACCAACAACAGCUCUGAACACGAGAACAGCACAGCUUCAGAGCACAAGUGGCCUUCCUGCAACGCCCAGGAUGAAAUGCUGAACUUGGCCUUCACCAUCGGGUCCUUCCUGCUCAGUGCCAUCACGCUGCCCUUGGGAAUUGUCAUGGACAAGUACGGCCCUCGCAAGCUGCGGCUGCUUGGCAGUGCCUGCUUUGCUGUGUCCUGUGUGCUGAUCGCGUACGGUGCCAGUAACCCAGACUCUCUGUCUGUGCUGAUAUUCAUUGCACUGGCUCUGAAUGGCUUUGGUGGGAUGUGCAUGACCUUCACAUCGCUCACGCUGCCCAACAUGUUUGGUGACCUUCGUUCCACGUUCAUUGCUCUGAUGAUUGGCUCCUAUGCUUCCUCUGCUGUGACUUUUCCAGGAAUCAAGGUUAUAUACGACUUUGGGGUCUCCUUCAUCCUUAUUCUGCUCGUCUGGGCAAGCUGUGCAGGACUUGUUUUCCUCAACUGUUUCUUCAACUGGCCCCUGGAGCCUUUCCCAGGACCAGAAGACAUGGACUAUUCGGUGAAAAUAAAGUUCAGCUGGCUGGGAUUUGACCACAAGAUCACCGGGAAGCAGUUUUACAAGCAAGUGACGACUGUGGGGCGCCGUCUCAGCGUGGGGAGCUCCAUGAAGGGCCCCAAGGAGCCGGCAGCCUUGCAAGAGAACAACAAGCUCUGCCUGUCUACAGUGGACCUGGAAGUGAAGUGCCAGCCUGACAGUGCAGCUUCUCCCUCCUUCAUGAAGAGUGUCUUCAGCCCUAUCUUGUUGCUCAGCCUUAUCACCAUGUGUGUCACUCAGCUGCGGCUCAUCUUCUACAUGGGAGCCAUGAACACCAUCCUCGAGUUUCUGUCUGGAGACCCAAGUCAAGUGGCUCUCUACACUUCCAUUUUUGGGGUAUUGCAACUACUGUGCUUGCUGACAGCGCCUGUGAUUGGGUGCAUCAUGGAUUGGAGAAUGAAAGAAUGUGAUGAUGGCUCAGAAGAGAAUGAGGAGAGCAACGCUGAGCAAAGUGACAAGAAAAAGAAAAAGCGUGAUCGUCAGAUCCAGAAAAUCACCAAUGCCACCAAUGCCUUUGUAUUCACGAAUUUCCUGCUGGUUGGAUUUGGAAUCACCUGUCUUAUUCCUAACCUACCGUUGCAGAUUCUUUCGUUCAUUUUGCACACAAUUGUGAGAGGAUUCAUCCACUCAGCUGUGGGAGGCCUUUAUGCUGCUGUAUACCCCUCUACUCAGUUUGGCAGCUUGACAGGGUUGCAGUCGUUGAUCAGUGCCCUCUUCGCCCUUCUGCAGCAGCCUCUCUUCAUGGCACUGACAGGACCUUUGAAAGGAGACCCCCUCUGGGUGAAUGUUGGCUUGCUUGUCAUGAGCCUCCUGGGUUUCUGCCUUCCUAUCUACCUGGUCUGCUACAGACGCAGGCUAGAGAGAGAAAAAAAGCAGAAGAUGGAAGAUGCCAAACUUUUCUUCAAAAUCAAUGGCACUCCCACUGAGGAAGCCUUUGUUUAAACUGGUGCUUCACAUACAACCUCCCCUGUACAGGUUCCUACCACAUCCGUGGGUUCUACCUGUGGUGUAAGCCAGGAUUUUCCUCCCCUGGCUCUGCCAGUCUUUGCUCACCACUGGAGUGAGGGCCGGACAUCAUGACUGAGAUUUCCUCAGAUAUAUGGCAGGAGGAGACUUCCUACUCCUUACUCCAAAACACGGGACACUUUUUCUUUUUUUAAAGGCCACACAGAUAUUGUGUCUUAAAUUAUCCCCUGAUCACGCUCUCCAGCAGCAGAGAGUUUGCAUAGGAGAUUGGGGAGAGAAGGAAUAGAGGGAUGGGAGAAGAGGGAAGACAGACCAUAGUUUGAGUUUGCAAAUGUAACGCAGUGAAGUCUUUUUUCUCCCCCUCUUCCCCCAGCCUCGGCUGACAGUCUCAGAUGCAAGCUGCACUCUCCUCCCUUCCUGAGGCUUCGUAAUGGUCUUUCUGCUUGAUGUGUAGCUGGACCCGGUGGUUUUACUGUCUAUUCAGACGUACCCUAGACUGUUUCUGAGGCAGGGAAGGGGAUUUUAUUCCUAUGUGUAUGAGCACAGCUUCACUGUGUUGCUAAAUGUUGGCUGCUAGCACUGACAGCUCCCAAACCUUUUAUUACUGCAAACGACACAGACUGUGAGCAAUGGAUCUGCCUUCCAUAAAGAAAUGAAGAGCCUAUAGUGGACUGCUGGUCCUAGACCAAGCCUUCAGAGGCCUGGAAUUCUUCCUCUUCCUGGUUCACAAACCACCUGUAUGUGUUUUAAACUGUCUGCAGUCCUGGAACCCUUGAGAUAGGAAUUGGAUCUUGUUUACAGAUGAAGUGCUUUUGAGACUUGUUGCCUUUUGCCUCUUCUUCCCUUCGACAUGACCCUGGGAGGGGAGCAGCAAUGUGUAUUUAGUAAAGUGGAGAAACUUCUUGAAGCUGA